UUCAAUAUGGCGUUCAAAUAGUUUUAGGCAGGGAGUCUCUGUGUCGGUUUGUCGCUUGCGGCCAUGGCGCCGCCAGUUGUCAGGCAGCAGCGGCGGCGUGAGCAUCGUUGCUCCCGUGUAGCUUGUGACUUCUAGCAACCCGAACUCUGGCAUCAGAGUGACAUAAGAUUAGUGUGUCUGUGUGGCGUCCCUGGUGGCUGGUGGUGUCCCAGCCUGAGGCAGUGUUGUAGGGCGGUGUGUGGUGCAGGUGUGUGGUGCAGGAGGGAAGAUGAGCGAGGGCUCAUCACCACAGCAGGUGACGGUGGCGGCCGUGGUCACAGCUCGGGUCCACCUGCAGGACACACUCCGCCAGGCUCGUCUCCGUGCCCAGGAGCUGGGCAGCCACUUUAUUGAUCAAGGUAUAGGCGUACUGUGCCAAGGAAUUGGAAUUUAUAGUGAGCUCUUCAAAAGGAGUGGGCUGCAGGACAGAAAAGCCUUAGAACUGGCCAUUAGUAAGAGCCCAAAUGAUGUAAAAGCUGCUGCACUGGAGUUGCUCGAGGUUGAGGAUGACUGGAAUGAAUUCCUAAGCGUUGUUGAAGCCAGUGAUGUUAGCAGAAAGGAGAGUUCCAUACCUGAGAUUGGUGACAAGAUACCUAGUACCGUCAGCCUUUAUCGAGUAUGUGAUGGAGUGUCAGCCCAGGACACCAGUGUUGGCACACCUGCAGCAAUCACUUUAGCAGAGCUUUUAGAAUCCUCAACACAAAGUGCCACUCUGUUAGUUCUUAACAGACACUUUGCUUGACUUCCGUGACGCAUCCAUAUCACCCAGCUGGCAGAGAGAGAGAAUGAGCUUGCUGCUGCAGGGUGUGAGGUGGUGGUUGUAACGUUCGGAAGUCUGUCUGGUGCUCAGCGGUGGCUGAGUGAAACAAAGUGCCCAUUUCCUUACUACAGUGAGCCAACUUCCUCCAUCUACCAACUACUUGGCCUCAAAAGGUCAGUUGGAUCAGUAUGGAAUACAGCGACACUCAGCUAUUAUGGUGCUCAGGUGGCCAAGGGUAUAUCUCUUCCUCAAGCUUAUACAGACAUCAAGGAUGAUCCCCAUCAGAUGGGAGGAGAUUUUCUACUGAAUAAACAUUCCCAAGUUCAGUUUAUUUAUCGGAGCAAGGUGCCAAGUGAUAGACCAUCUGUGGAUUUAAUUCUUUCGGCUCUUAGGGAUAUAAAUUAAAGGUACAGUAUUAACUAUAGUGAUACGUUUUCUUUGUAAUAUAAUAUACAGCAGCUAAUUUAAAAAAAAAAUACCUAUACUGUAUGGAAAUUGUAAUACAGUAAUAGGAUUUGUCAGGGGACUUUAAAUUCAUUGACUUGCACAUUAGAGGUGAACCACACAUUCAAGCUUCAUAUACAGUACUCUGAUACUAAAAUUAAGAGCUCUGACUAAUUCAAUUAAUGAGCCUUUUUUUCCAGUUAGAAUAAAAAGAUUUGCAGCUAACACAUUCAGAUAUUAACCAGAUGUCUUGAAUGUACAGUAAUGAAUCAAUUUCCAUCAGUCCUUUUAAAUCAAAUAUUUGUAGUAGCCACAACAGAUAAUGUGCCAGAUAAAUGACCAAACUUGAAAAAAAUUACUUUUUUUUUUCAUAAUUUUGCAUAGCUAUUUUCAUGGCUAAGCAUCUGGCAUAGAUAGUACAGGCAAAUGGCAAAACCUUUACAGUAGUAAAACAUUAAAAAUUUGGCACAGACUUUUUUAAAGAGAUUUUUAAUUUGAAGCAUAAAAAAUAAUAUACCUUGUCAAACUUCGAGGAACCCUUUGGCCUGUUAUCAGAACAAAUGGUAAUUAAGUAAUUAUUAUUCAUAAUUACUAUUCUACUAGGUAAUUAUGUUCAUAUCUAAUAAGCAGUGCUAUGAAGGUCUAUGCUGAAAACUUAGGUGGCAUUUACUGGAUGAUUUCACUUUAAAUUGCUUUUAUAGAUAUAAACUUAAUCCUUAGCUUUUAAUCAAAUGUAGUUUGUAUAUAUGGUAUAACACAAUUGCAGGCAUUAUCAAUUUUAAUUUGAUACAUUGUAUUAGAUAUAAUAUUUUAUGUACAGUACUUUUUAUAGUAGUUUCAAAACAUGUACUGUACAGUGUAAACCCAGUUGUGGGAAAAAUAGGUUGCAUUCCACUGUUAAAAAUAUUCUACUGUACAGUACUUAAAAUUAAAUAUUUGCAUUUUCUUUGCAA